CUUUAGCCCCAAAAAAGUUAGAUUUCGAUUUCCUAUAUUUCUAUCUAAAUCCUCUUUGGCGAUCGUCUUCUCCGAUCCAUUACGAAAGGCUACGGCUACUAGGGCUGUAACGCAGAGUCUCUCCUGUUGAAGAAAAACCAGAACAAGAAUGUCGGGCAUGGGAGAUGGCUACGUGGGCACUGCCCAGGACGCCGUCAGGAUUCGAAGACUCGAGAAGCAAAGAGAAGCCGAGCGCCGGAAAAUCCAGGAACUUAAGGCCAAGACUGCCUCCGCCAAAGGCCAGCCUGGUCUCCUUCAGUUUGGCUCCAGUACCUCUGAGAUUCUGGAGACCGCGUUCAAGAAGGAAACUGUUGGUUUGGUGACGAGAGAAGAGUAUGUUGAGAAGAGGGUGAAUAUUCGAAACAAGAUUGAAGAAGAGGAGAAGGAGAAACUUCAAAAGCUACAACAAGAGGAAGAAGAACUCCAAUUGCAGAAGCGAAGGAAAAGGAAAAUAAGGGGGAACUCACGUUUGUCCUUUUCUGAUGAUUUUGAAAAUGGAAGUGAUGAGGAUGAUGAUAAUAAAAAUUUGGAGCCAAAAAAGCUUGGUCGUGGUAAACUUGGCAAAGAUCCUACAGUGGAGACUAGCUUUUUGCCUGAUAGUGAGCGGGAAGCUGAGGAGCAAGCUGAGCGUGAAAGGCUGAAAAGACAGUGGCUUCGGGAGCAGGAGCAGAUUAGAAACGAGCCUCUUGAAAUCACUUACAGUUAUUGGGAUGGAGCUGGCCAUAGGCGAGUCAUUCAGGCACGAAAAGGUGAUACAAUUGGAGAGUUUCUCAGGGCCGUACAGCAGCAGCUUGCCCCCGAGUUUCGUGAGAUUAGGACUACCUCAGUAGAGAAUUUGCUAUAUGUGAAAGAGGAUCUCAUAAUACCCCAUCAACAUAGCUUCUAUGAGCUUAUUGUGAACAAAGCUAGAGGCAAAAGUGGCCCACUUUUCCACUUUGACGUACAUGAGGAUGUUCGGACAAUUGCUGAUGCAACAAUAGAGAAGGAUGAGUCUCAUGCUGGGAAAGUUGUUGAGAGGCACUGGUAUGAGAAGAAUAAGCACAUCUUUCCAGCUUCUAGAUGGGAGAUAUAUGAUCCAACCAAGAAAUGGGAACGAUACACCAUCCAUGGGGACUGAUUCAAUGACUUGUAGCAAAAGAAGUAUGAUUUAUGCUUUGAAUCUACAGUUUUCUUAUCGAUGUCUUCGUAUACACGCCUGCUUGUUUAGAAAUCUUGAAGGAAUACGUUUUUAACCGAGAGAUAAAGUCAUGUAAUUUUCCCUUGAGCAUUGUUUUCUUGCUCAUUGUGAAUGGUUUGUGCAUUGUGUUAUUUAAGCAUUUAGCUGUAGGAUUGAGAUGUUAUAUUAUUCUACAUUUUGGCUUUAGAAACUUGUUUAGGAUGGAUGGAACUUUCAUUGAUAUUGAUAGAUUUGCUUCCCGUUGA